AACAGUUCGUCAAAGAUGAAGAUACAAAUGAAUUCUCCGUCGAUAUCAGACAAUUCCAUUCAAAUUUCGAAAAAAUCCUCAGAUACUAUCAAUAUUAGUCAUCCAUUUACAAGAGAAACUAUGGCAAUAAAAGGCUCUGUGAUGGCGAGCGGAAAUUUGGAGUUGCAACAUUUGAGUUUAAAUUUCAAUCGUUUGACGAAUAAGACAUUGGAGAAAUUGAUAUCGUGUCUGUAUUAUCAGAAUUAUGUACUGUUAAAUGAUUCCAGUAGGGGAUUACUAUAUGUAUUUUUGGAGGGUAAUAAUAUCUCAAAGAAUGAAGAUUGGACAACGUUACAGGAGCUUUUACGUUACAGACGACAAGAUAAUCAAAUAAUUCGAAAUGAAGAUUUUAAAGAUCUCGUGCCGGUAGAGAGUGAAAUCUUGCGGAGCAAAAUUAAAAAGAAAAUAUUUUUUAAAAUAUAUUAAUACAGUGUUUGUAUUUAUAUUAAUUUUUCUAUUGUACUAUUUACAGAAUCUUCACAUUUAGAUUUUUAAAUCAUUUUGGAUACAUUGCCGCGCGAGAUGGUGCGACCAGUGAUAAUGUAAUUGGAAAUUUUAUUGGAUGAAAAUUUUAUCUUAUCACCGCGCACGAUGCCCUCCCCGUAUCCGAUGCAAGCGAACUCGAACUGGCCGCAUUGUCACUUCAUAUUUCACUUCGUGAAAAUGUUACUACACGUUGCCGGCGUUACCGUGCUCAUUAACAUUGCUAUUAUAGAACUGAAUUCAUUUUAUUCCCAUCCAUCGGAAAAGAUUCUGGAUCUUCCAUUGACCAAGAGUCCGUUGCACCGCGUAUUUGUGUAUGGCACGUUAAAACGAGGCGAGCCGAAUCACGGUCUUAUUAAGGAUGCUACGAACGGCUAUGCAAAAUUCCUGGGCCUUGGAAGAACGACAGUUUCAUAUCCUCUGGUGAUCGCUACAAAGUAUAACAUUCCCUUUCUACUGAAGAAACCCGAAGUCGGCUAUCUCGUGCUUGGGGAAGUAUAUGAUGUGGACUCUAAAAUGCUGAAGAAACUGGAUGAAUUAGAGGAGCAUCCCACGUUUUACGAGCGAUUCGAAGAAGAAAUUCUAUUGAUUCCGAAAACUGCACUCAAAUCUGGGAAAAUGUUCGAAGAGAUUGGCGAAUUGACAAAAGCUUGGAUAUACUUUUUGCCGAGAUUUAGAUCUUCUUUACUGGAUAAUCCUAUGCACGCGUCUUACAGUAAUAAUGGAAGUCACGGACUUAAGUAUUGUGAGAAGUAUGUUCGCGAUCAAAUUUACGAUCACAGAAAAGAGGUGCAAUAAAUCAUUGCCAACGGCUUUUAUUUCUUUGCAGCGAUAAGGAUGCAUCGAGCGUUUAUGAUGUUCUUUGAACACUUCAUCUAAAGCACAGAAUGAUAAAUAUUUUCUCUCAUGAUAUUGUUAAAAAUUUUGUGAUCAAAUAAUAUUAGAGAAAGUAAGAAUAUGCAGAAAAUAGUGAAUGAUUACUAAAGAUUGUUUUGUUGCCGCGUGUGCGUCCCGUAAUAAAAAAUCGUAAUAUUUUAAAACUAUUAUAAUAUUGAAUAAUAUUUUAAGAAAAAACAUAUUUCCAUUUUUCCAGCCUAUAAUAAAAAAGUAAUCUAUAAAUAAUAUAUAAAUAUACAAUUAAAUAUAUAUUGUAUAAUAUAUAAUUAUAUAUAUUAAUAAUUAAGGUAUUUAUGUCUUUUUCUCUUAUAUGUAUAUAUACAUACAUGAUUAGAUAUGAAUUAUUUUUUUCCGCGCGGGAGUAUAUUAGAUAAAAAUAUAAUUUAUAUAUAUAUAUAUAUAAUUGUUUUUUAUAUUUUUUGAUUUUAUAAUAAUUGUUUUAGUAAUAACGUAUAAUAGUCGUACUCUUCGACCAGAUUUUUAAAAUAAAAUUAAAUAACAUCGAUAUAAAAUAUUAGGAUUUUACAAAUAAAGGAGCGGAAGAAAGCGGCAACCAAA